AGCGCGUACAUUUACGUCGCCCAGUUUAUCUCAGAUCCCCUCUCGGAAGAAAACAAAGCCAGUUAACAUUGGAAUUCGAUGUAAUAGCAUAGAAAAUUUGUACUACGGUACGAAUUACAACAAUAAACGACACAAGCUGAGACAUUUUCAGAGUGGAAAGUUGGACGAUCUAAAAGCUCUACUAAUGAUUAAUCAAUAUUGAAGCAUCUUUGAUACUUCAUAAGGAUGGCUAGUUGUGGCGAGGUUGACCACUCUGUGAACUCACUUCCAUCCACUAAAAAGGGCAGCGGCAGUGGCGGUGGAAGUGGCAGCAGUGCAGAAUCCUCGUGUUCCGGCUCCACCAACUCGUCCCCGGCCCUUUCCGUCCCAGAGUGUGCCAUUUGCCUGCAGACCUGUGUCCACCCUGUCCAGUUACCAUGCCAACACGUCUUCUGCUUCCUGUGCGCGAAGGGCGCAUCUUGGCAGAGCAAACGCUGUGCUCUCUGCAGACAGGAAGUACCAGAAGACUUCCUGGAAAGGCCUACACUUCUCUCUCCAGAGGAGCUGAAGGCAUCGGCUGGCGGUCGGGGUGGGGCAUCGAGCGAUCACGCUUGGUAUUACGAGGGCCGUAACGGUUGGUGGCAGUAUGAUGAGCGGACCAGCCGUGAGCUGGAGGACGCUUUCUCUAAAGGCAAGAAGACAGCGGAGAUGCUGAUCGCUGGCUUUCUGUAUGUAGCUGACUUGGAGAACAUGGUGCAAUACAGGCGCAACGAGCACGGUCGCAGACGCAAGAUGAAGAGGGAUGUUUUAGAUAUUCCCAAAAAGGGAGUGGCCGGGCUGCGAUUGGACACAGAGGGGGUAAGUGGAGCCAUGGGGGUAGCAAACCGAGAAAACUCUGCUGAUGGAGCCGACAUCACAAUAACAGGCUUACAGCAGCCGAUCACAGGAAUCCCUUUUAUUGCCACAGCCCCUUCAGCUCCCGCCCGGCCCCCCACCUCCCUCGGGGCUCAGGCUGACCCCACUGCUAGCUCUCCGUUGGUGGAGACUCUCUCCCAGUUGCACAUCAGCCCCAGGCCGACACCUUCUCAUGAGCGAUCUGAAGCUGGAGAAGGAGAAGAAGAGGAGGAGGGGGAAACAACACCGUCCAGAUCUUCUGGUCCUCACAACUUUGGGGAUCUGUCUGACUCCGGAGAUCUGAGCGACGAUGACGAGGACGGAGAAGACGGUGAGAAUGUGGACGCGUUGGGCAACCAGCCACGGAGACAAAGACUUUCUCCAGAGGAUGGAGAAGCUCCUCCUUCAGAGUCUGCCUCUUCUUCAUCCAGUAACAGCGAAAGGUCGAGAAUGCCAGAUGGCCAGUGUACAAAAUUGUAAAUGAAACCACCCGAUGCUUAAAUGGUUAUGUUCCUGUUCCUGUUCCAUUAGUUCAUUUCCCACUUUAUGCUGCUUCUCCCUCAGUUACAAACCUGAUGGGGAUGAAUAGUUUGGUACUGAAGAAAUAAGAAGAGUUUUUUUUUUAUAGUCUGUGAGUCUGGACUAUGAGCUUCAUUCUAAUUCAAUUUAGCAUCACUGAAAUAAAGGUAAAUCUAAUAUUUUAAAACAUUAAUUUUCUUGUAUCAAAGCAAACUGUUUUUUUAAAUUAUAUUUAUUAUUUUAAAAAAGCAAAACAGAGAGCUUUUAGUUCUCUGGGUCACAUUUGUGACUUGACAUGACAGAAGGCAUGAUGGGAAGUUUAUUUCUGGAAAUGGAACAGAGUCAUUUCAAUGAAUGGCUGCAUUGUAAACGUGUACAAUUUAACUCUCUCGGCUAACAUAGCACGCAGAAACAGACUCAUCUGAGCUCAAGUCAUCUCACUGCUCUCACUGAUGAUUUAAUCUUCCUCCUGUCAACCCUUUCAUCAAAAAAAGUCUGAAACUAACUGUCAGUCUUUGAACAUGUUUGAUUUCAGAGCUUGUUGUGUUUUGAGGGAAAUGGAGUACAGGGAAAAAAAUGAGAAUUUCAUCUUAUACCAUGUGGAUGUUUUGUGAUGAAACUCAGGAGCAAAUAUAUUGUGGCGGCCCUCUUAAGUAAUUGGAAUUCAAGUAAAAUCCACUUUUCAGAAGCUUUAAAGGUUGAAAUGUUUAAUUGUGCACACUGGUACUACUAACCCAACCUUUAAAAUAUUUGGCCAUUUAAUGUGAUUUAUUGUUUCUUUCCUUUCAAAGCUGAAUCGUCUGUAGCUUCGGUAAAUCUUUGGAGGCUUUUUGUGAUUUGUGCAUGUUUGAAGAGAGAGUUAUUAAACCACUGUCAGCUGGCAGGACUUUUGGAUUUGAUGUCCUUUGGGUUUAGUUUGACUAAAUACUUGUAUUUUAUUUGCAAAUUGGUUUUAUAUCCUGUCAUGGUUGAUGUCUGAAGGAGGUAAACAACAACAACAUGCCAUUUUGCAAAAACAAAAAAAAAUCAAGUGGUUAUUUUUGUAAUUUGAAAUCAUCUGCGCAGUUUUAGAUUUUCCAUUCUGAAGAAUAAAGUUUGUGUAACAGUU